AAGCCAACGAAAAAACUUCUAUCAUUUUGUUUUUGGAAGACAGAUCCAGAGAGGGAGCUCAGAAGCAACAGUUCAAGAGGCAGAUUUCUUGUGGUCAAGCAGAUAAGAGCAGCCUGCAGCCAUGGGACACGCCUUUAGUAUCAAGACCUGUGACUUCCAAGCAGCAAGAAACAAUGAGGAGCACCACACCAAGGCCAUCAGCUCCCAGCGCCUCAUUGUGAGGAGGGGGCAGCCUUUCACCAUCAUCCUGCACUUCCAAGCUCCAGUCCACGCGUUUCUACCUACCCUGAAGAAAAUGGCCCUCAUCGCAAAAACUGGAGAUCAGCCGUCUGUGGCCAACAGGACCCAAGCCACAUUCCCAAUUUCCAGCCUGGGGGACCGAAAGGGGUGGAGUGCGGCGGUGGAGGAAACAGAUGCCCAGUGCUGGACCAUCUCCAUGACUACACCUGCGGAUGCCGUCAUUGGCCAUUACUCACUCCUGCUGCAGGUCUCCAGCAAGAAGCCACGCCCCCUGGGCCAGUUCACACUGCUCUUUAACCCCUGGGUUCGAGAGGAUGCUGUGUUCCUAGAGAAUGAGGCUCAACGCAGGGAGUACUUGUUGAAUCAGAAUGGCCUCAUCUACCUGGGCACGGCUGACUGCAUCCAGACAGAGCCCUGGGACUUUGGCCAGUUCGAGGCGGAUGUGGUUGAGCUCAGCCUGCAUUUACUCAACAUGGACACGCAGGAGGAGGAGUGGAGCAACCCUGCGCAUGUGGCCCGGGUCCUGGGUGCCCUGCUGCACGCUUUCAAGGAGGAGAGAGUCCUGCCCGCCCCACAGACCCCGACUGCCCAGGAAGGGGCCCUGCUGAACAAGCGCCGGGGCAGCGUGCCCAUCCUCCGGCAGUGGCUCAGAGGCCGAGGGCGGCCCGUGUAUGACGGGCAGGCCUGGGUCCUGGCUGCUGUGGCCUGCACAGUGCUACGGUGCCUGGGAAUCCCUGCCCGUGUCGUCACCACCUUCUCCUCAGCCCAUGGCACUGGCGGGGGCCUGCUUGUGGAUGAGUACUACAACGAGGAAGGGCUUCAGAAUGGAGAAGGCCACAGAGGCAGAAUCUGGAUCUUCCAGACCUCCACAGAGUGCUGGAUGGCCCGGCCUGCCUUGCCCAAGGGUUAUGGUGGAUGGCAGAUUCUAUACCCAAGUCUUCCUAAAGGAGGUAGAGUCCUGGAGGCCUGUGAUCUGGUCCCAGUCAGAGCAGUCAAGGAGGGGUCACUGUGGCUGACUCCUGCAGUAUCAGAGCUUUUUGCUGCGGUAAAUGCCACGUGUGUGGUCUGGAAGUGCUGUGAGGAUGGGACUCUGGAGCUGACCAACUCCAACACCAAGCAUGUUGGCAACAACAUCAGCACCAAGGGUGUGGGCAGUGAUCGAUGUGAGGACAUCACUCAGAACUACAAGUAUCCUGAAGGAUCUCAUCAAGAAAAAGAGGUCCUGGAGGAAGUCCAGAAAGAGCUAAUGGAGCAUGGGAAAGACAACAGCAUCCAUCCUCCGAGUCUCGAGACUGCAGAGCCUCUGUACCUGUUCUUGGAAGCGCCCAGCUCCCUGCCCCUAGGAGGGGAUGCCCAGUUCUCCGUGACCCUGGUUAACCCCAACGACCAGGAGAAGGCAGUACUGCUGAUGAUUGGGGUUCAGGCGGUAUACUACAAUGGUGUCCUUGCUACCGAGCUCUGGAGAGAGAAGCUGUCCCUCACACUCAAUGCCAACCAGAUUAUGAGAAGAACCAAAAGCCUGUCCUUCUCCGAUUUUGAGCAAAACCCACCAGAGAACAGCAUCCUCAGACUGACUGCUAUGGCAACACACUCCAAGUCCAGCCUUAGCUGUUUUGUGCAGGAAGAUAUUGCCAUUUGUAGACCACAUCUGACCAUUGAGAUGCCAGAGACAGCAGAGCAGUAUCAGCCUCUUAAGACCACAGUCAGCAUCCAUAACUCCCUAGAUUCUCCCAUGAAGGACUGCGUGAUCUCCAUCCUCGGGAGGGACCUCAUUUACAGAGAGAUGAGCUAUAGGUUAGGUUCGGUGCGGCCUGGAAACACCUUGCGCACCCAGUUCCAGUUCACGCCAACACACGUGGGGCCCCAGAGGCUCACUGUGGAAAUGGAUUGCAACAUGUUCCAGAAUCUCACCAGCUACAAAACUGUUACUGUGGUAGCCCCUGAACCUACAGCUUGAAAAUACAGCAGCUCUAUCACCACUCUCACCAACUGCCCUCUUGAAGCCAAAUGUGUUGGGCAGGGAAACUGUGCUAUUAGACAAAUGAAUCUCAAUUCAAGUUGAGUGACCAGGAGCAGAACUAGACUCCAAGGAAUCGACAGAUAAGACAUUCAUUUCCUUCACCCCAGCUUAAGGCAGCCAUGAAGACUGGUUUUCUUAGAAUAAAAACUACUGGGCUUGCCCACUUGGCAGGUGAACUAACUACCCUCCCCCCUACAUGGGGCAUUAAUCUCAGGGGUAUAAAUCUCCCUGGUAACAUGGGAUAUGACUCCCAAGGAUGAGCCUGGACCCG